GACUCAUCUGGAGUUCCCGACUCCGCUGAGAUUGCAAUUGGAAACUUUGCGCUCUGUGUUGGUUUUUGUCUCCCUUGGGGAAGCUGGACGGCAGUUCGGCAGGCCCCGUGCGUGGCCAGGACCGCACACUGGGGGCCAUGGAGUUCACGGCGUCGCCCAAGCCACAGCUCUCCUCCCGGGCCAACGCCUUCUCCAUCGCCGCGCUCAUGUCGAGCGGCGGCUCUAAGGAGAAGGAAGCCGCCGAGAACACCAUCAAACCACUUGAACAAUUUGUUGAGAAGUCCUCCUGUGCCCAGCCCCUGGGUGAACUGACCAGCCUGGAUGCUCACGGGGAGUUUGCCGGUGGCGGCAGCAGUGGCAGCCCCUCCUCCUCCUCUCUGUGUACUGAGCCACUGAUCCCCACCACCCCCAUCAUCCCCAGUGAGGAAAUGGCCAAAAUUGCCUGCAGCCUGGAGACGAAGGAGCUCUGGGACAAAUUCCACGAGCUGGGAACAGAGAUGAUCAUCACCAAGUCGGGCAGGAGGAUGUUUCCCACCAUUCGAGUAUCCUUUUCUGGCGUGGAUCCUGAGGCCAAGUACAUAGUCCUGAUGGACAUCGUCCCCGUGGACAACAAGAGGUACCGCUACGCCUACCACCGGUCUUCCUGGCUGGUGGCUGGCAAGGCAGACCCACCACUGCCAGCCAGGCUGUAUGUACACCCAGAUUCUCCUUUUACUGGUGAGCAGCUACUCAAGCAGAUGGUGUCUUUUGAAAAGGUGAAACUCACCAACAAUGAACUAGAUCAGCAUGGCCAUAUAAUUUUGAACUCCAUGCACAAGUACCAGCCGCGGGUGCACAUCAUUAAGAAGAAAGACCACACAGCCUCGUUGCUCAAUCUGAAGUCUGAAGAAUUCAGAACAUUCAUCUUUCCAGAGACCGUUUUCACAGCAGUCACUGCCUACCAGAACCAACUGAUAACCAAGCUGAAAAUAGAUAGCAACCCUUUUGCCAAAGGAUUCCGGGACUCCUCCAGGCUCACUGACAUUGAGAGGGAAAGUGUGGAGAGCCUGAUCCAAAAGCAUUCCUAUGCCCGCUCACCCAUCCGUACCUAUGGAGGAGAAGAUGAUGUGCUGGGGGAUGAGGUUCAGACAACACAGAAUCGAGGGUCGGCCUUUACGACAUCUGAUAAUUUGUCCCUCAGCUCCUGGGUCUCUUCUUCUUCCACUUUUCCUGGAUUUCAGCAUCCCCAGUCCCUCGCUGCUCUCGGCACCAGCACAGCAUCCAUAGCGACACCCAUUCCUCACCCUAUACAGGGCUCUUUGCCACCGUACAGCCGACUUGGGGUGCCUCUGACCCCGUCGGCCAUUGCUGGCUCCAUGCAGGGGAGCGGCCCGACAUUCCCCUCCUUCCACAUGCCCCGGUAUCAUCACUACUUUCAGCAGGGGCCUUAUGCUGCUAUCCAAGGACUGCGCCAUUCCUCCGCGGUGAUGACACCAUUUGUAUGACUCUUCUAAACCUAGGAGAAUCCAGAUCCAGAAUGUGCAAAUGGGUAUGAAAUGUGGGAGAGGGUGGGGUGGGUGGGAUGUGGGGUGUGGAGCAGGGGCUCUCCAGGAGACAUGGGACCUAUUAAAGAGGAGAGCUGGACUCACAAUAAAGCCUACUGCUGAGGGAAUGCACCACAGACCAGGACUCAUGUGUAGCUCGGAGAAAGCUCUUGGGUUCAAGAGAGAAUCAGUGUCAAGUUCUUAGCCAGCCUAAGUCCUACAACCAAUAGGAUACUAACUUACCCAGAAAAUUGAAUAACGCAAGGCAGAGGAAUCUGAAGGUGCAUUAUACCUAGCAGUUAAAAAUGCUGUGUCAGCGCAGUAAUGUAUAAAAUCAAUGUGUAGAGGUUAUCUUUCUGCUUUCCACAGGUUUAAAGAAUCUUCAAAGAGGCAAUAUGUAUAACAUACCGACCAUAAUGCAUAAUGACUAACUUAAGUCCAUUUCUCUCUGAGGAAAAUGAGAGCCAACAGAGAAAUAUUUGUAGUGCUGAAGCUUAAGCAUGUUUAGUUUUCCUUUGUAUUAGUCUGCUGGGUAAAGGGCUGAGAUAAUGCUAACGCAUCCUAUUUUGUGGAUGAAUAGAUGGUAAUGACCUUACAAAGCUCUUUUUGUAACACUGAAGGGCCAGUAUCUGACAAACUCUUUCUCAGUCUUGUCUUUUUCUUCCUAAUUCUCUUUCUUGCAAUGACUUGCCAUUUACAUAGAAAAAACCUAUAUACAAUUUUGAAGCAAGAGGCUCUAUUUUGUGUUACAUUACACAAUUGAGGUUAUAUUUUUCUGGGCUGCAUUCUAAGUGCACUGCUGACUCAUUCACUGGGGAACACUUCUAAAGCCUCUACAUGAUGACACGGGAGGCUUUCUCUCAAUCUGCAGUACCAAGAUGGUUGCCCUGUCCUGAAAGGAAUUUCUCUGCCAUGGGUACCAAAGGCCCCUUUAGUUUUACUUCAGCUUUGGGAGACCUUAUGGAUGGUAAAACACACCGGGCCAAAUUCUCAUUUUUGGUAAAUCUGCUUUGUUAUUAGAUUAGCUGUUACCACUGAUUGACAAAGAUUUAUGAAUGACCAUUCUGAAUGCCCGUAUAGCCACCACUUAACCUAUGUUCAUGAAGCAUUAUGAGUCAUACAAAUGAUUUGUCCUUCUUUCUUACUGUUCUGUUCAGUGACUCCGUUAUCAUUUUCCUAGUCCGUUAUAUGAAAUUGUAUGUCAACUCAAUGACUCUCUGACUGAAACACUGGCAGUGUUUAUAAGUCAAUCCAAAGUAUUUAUUCACUUUGAGUUCUUAUUGUUUUCUUAAACCUUCCUUUAAUGUUUAAUAAUUAACUAUAUUUUAAUUAUAUAUAAUCUCUAUAUUUAGGGGGCAACAUGUAUCUAAGCAUUUGAAGUCAGGGUAGUAUUUGGCAUUUUGCAACUUUAAUAAAGUUUAUAGUCCUUCAACUUUAUAAUGCUUUCUAGCUGUAAGAUAUAACCUGUCUUCUUUAGAAAACUCUCCACAACUCUAUUUUAUCCUAAUUAAAUUUUGUAUCUACUUUGUUCUGACUGCAAAAGUAUUAAAUCUGUUAAAAGAGAUGGGAAAUAUCACUGCUGAGAGUAGAGAGGGGGGUAAAUGCAAUAUACUUAUCAGAGUGCAUGGGGUUUUAUUUAGUUAUUUUGUUAGGCUUUUCCAUAUCAAAUGCCUUUCUUGGGCAUUUCUAGUCUAUGAAACAAGGCAUAAUGGCAUAGCCUGUCUAUGUGAUGCCAUUGUUGUUGGACUUUGCAAUUGUUUUUCUCCACUGUGUCCCGUAGUUUACUUAUGGAGAAGCAUGGACUGUGCUCCCCAAGCCUCUCAAAGUCCUAUGGCAGACACUGUAGGCUAAUUUCUAACUUCUUGCAUGUUAUGCUAUAGUAUCCACAGGUAGUUUGUUUUCAAACACAGCACAGAUGUGCAUUUAUUUAAAAAAAAAAACAGCUAUAAGUAAUGUUUAAGUAUCCAUAGAGCUUAGGAUAGGGAUUUGAUACUUAAUAGUUGGCCUGCUGCCAGUGCUCCAUUUACUACACAGUACUGCUGCUUAAAGCAGGAAUAACAAAACUAGAUGCUAUUUAACAUGAUGCUACUCGAUAUUCUGGUAAAUUACUGGUCUACUACAGUGAAUCUGUAUCUGAGUUUUCUUUUCAAUGAGAAUGAAAGCAUCAUUUUAAUACUAUUUAGACAUUUUUCCCAACUGACAUAUCUUAAAGUAGGUUUGUUUUUGUAAUAUGGCUUUACUUCAGUAUUUCCUGACUUCAUAACUUUAUUUGGUAAUUAUGCAAUAUAAAACUAAAAAUAAGUAGUGUGCUUAGAGAAAAGCAAAGACUGAGAUACCAAAGCAUGCUUUUGGGAAAUAACACCUGAAAUUCUCAAUUGGAUUUUUUUUAAAGUAUUUGGCAUUAUUUGAAAGAGGAAGAAAAAGCACAAGUGACAUGGAACUUAACCUGUGAUCAAAGUCACCCUAACCGUGAGAACCAAGGGUAGAAAUUUACCCCAACCCCAGGGUCUUUCUAAACUAUUCUGGUUGCUGAUUCUUACUGAACUCCUCAGGUAUUUAAGAUUUUAAAGUCUAAUUCUACCAAAAGUAAUUGCAAGAACUAGAUAGUUAGUGGGAAAGCCAAUCGAGUAAUUAAGAGCAUGAGUUGCAGACCAUUUGUAAUAAAUGUAGGGUCCCCCCCCUGCCCCCGCCAGGUAUAUCACAGUAUCAAAAAGCAUGACUAAUGUGCAGUGCUGCUACAAAGAGGCCCUUCCGGAACUGCUUUGUCUAACCUGAAAGAAUUAAUUUAUAACUCCGUAGGUUCUGCGUAUGUGAUUUGUUUUUAGAACACUUAUCAAUAAUGUGGAGUAAGUUCAAUUAUUUGUUUUACUUAACAAGUCUUCCCCCUCCUUUGCCGACCCUUAGCGGUAUGUAAGUAAAAUCUCUCCAUCUUGUGUCUAACAUAUCACAAAUUAUUAGGUUAUAAGGUCUGCAUUAAUGAAUUUAGGUUGUACCGCUGGUUUGAGUUUAUAACGAAGGUUUGUUGUUAUUCCUAGCAGGUGGGCACAGAAUGGGAGAUAUUAAGAAGAUACUGAGAAAAACCCUGUGUCGGGCUAUACUAUAGAAGUUACAUUAACUUCUGGGGUAUUCCAAGGUCUCCCCCCUCCCUCACUCUCAUCCACAUCUCUGUCACUGUGCUUCUCUAGCCACAACAUCUCCUGCCCCCCCCAUGCAAAAAAAAUAAAAAGGACACUCUCCAAAAGGCCAAGAAAAAGAAUUUUUAGAAGAAAAGAUCACCAUUCCCAGACCUAUGAAUUUUUCAGAGAGAUGUUGGGAUAUUUAAUCCAUUUCUGAACUUCAUGUUAGCUUUUCAGGCAUCUUGCUUAUAUUUAAGCUGAACCAUAUUGAGAAAAAUGAGCUUCAAGAAGGACUUUACCACUCCAUUAAAUAUGCAGUCAAGCUUAGCCAUGACUCAGCAACUAAUGUUCAAAAAAUUCAGUUAUGUAAUGUGCCAGGGUCACAUGCUGCAAGGAAAACAAUAUUUUUACUCAAUCUUCCAUUGACUAAGUAAGGAAACUGUUUUUGUUAUUAAACAUGUAUGGAAUUGAUAAUUAUUAGAAACAAAACAAUAUUAUACUGUAAAUCUAGACUGGAAAGAAAUAAAGCACUGGACAGAAAGAUUUUCAGCUGGCUCCUUUAGGCAGCUUGGGUGGAGGAUGGAUUUUACAUGUUUUUAUAUUAUUUCAGAAUGCAAGGAUUUUAUUUUAAACAGGCAAAGAGAAGCUUACAAAUUCUUAAACGUUUAGAAAACCAUAAAAUAAUUUCUUCACUACUAUUCCAUGCCAGUUAUAAAAUAUUCUAAUACUUAUCUUUCUUUGGCAUGCUUAAAUAUGCAAAGUUUCAUUUAUAAAUAUUGGUAGGCAAAUAAUCCAUAAGUAUUUUCUCACUCUUCUUUCUCUAUCCCUUCCUCAAUUCCAAUCCCCUUCCCUGAUAAUAAGAAAAUAAAAACAUUGGUAAAAUAAUACAUCUGGACAAAAAAUACAGUUUGGUAUUUUACUUCUGAGACAUUAAAAUACGUGUUUAGUUGUGGUUUUUUUCCUUAUUUUCAGAAACCUAAAAAAACCCUUUUAUUUCCUAGAGGAUAAAAUUGGAUAUAGCCUCUUUAGUAGACUCUAUCACAGUUAUAUCGUUUGCUGUGUCCAUUUGCUUUAAUGAAUUGCGUGAGAACAGUCACUGUAAUGAAGUGUGUGUGUUGGGGGUGGGGGGAAGGGCAUGGGAAAUGUUUUAUGAAAAAAGAAGUUAUAAGCCUAAUACUAUGAAGUAACACCUAACGAAGUUCUUUUUAAGUGCAAUAUAUUUAUUUCUGCUAGAAAUGUAUUAUCAACAUUAUGUAAUAUUUGAAGCAUUACAUGUUAUUUGUAAACAGCUUAAAAUUAUAUAUUACCCAAAAUUGUACAGAAGUACAAAUGUGUGGAUAUUAAUUUCUUUCAUUAAAAAUGGUGUGUUUUGAUAUAUAUGCA